AUGGGCAAGUCACAGUCGAAAUUGUCGCCGUCCCAGUUAGAUGAACUACAGAAAGCCACUCAUUUCGACAAAAAGGAGUUACAACAAUGGUACAAAGGAUUUCUGAAAGACUGCCCUUCCGGCACCCUCACAAAAGAAGAAUUUCAGAAGAUUUAUCGACAAUUCUUCCCCUUUGGAGACCCAUCAUCCUUUGCAAACUAUGUAUUUCGAGUAUUCGAUUCCGAUAACAGCGGAAUGAUUGAUUUUAAAGAGUUCAUCUGCGCACUGUCGAUCACGUCUCGUGGUAGGAUGGAAGAUAAGCUAGACUGGGCGUUUCAGCUAUACGAUAUCGAUGGAGAUGGCAAAAUAAGCUACGAGGAAAUGCUGGCUAUUGUUGAGGCGAUAUAUAAGAUGGUUGGCUCCAUGGUAAAGCUUCCUGAAGAUGAAGAUACUCCCGAAAAGCGAGUAAGAAAGAUCUUCAGGAUGAUGGACAAAGAUGAAAAUGGCAGCUUGGAUAUUGCAGAGUUCAAAGAGGGCAGCAAGCGCGACGAGACCAUUGUCAGCGCUCUGUCCCUUUUCUUUGGCCUCGCACUCGUUCCUUCCUUCAGCUUCGCGUAUAUCCUGCUGGCUAUCCAUCCUUGCUUAACCUCUGCGCAGCUUAUACCGAGGAAAAUGGACGCUCUCUUUAGGAGUCUAUCUCAUACCCCUAUAUUCGCCCUUUCUCCCACUUUUGGUGUUAUCCCCAGCCCCACGCCCUUGCCCAAUAAAAACUGGUACGAAAUCCCUCAAGCACCUUCCUUCAAUUUGGUCACGCUGGAGACCCUAUUUUGGGUAAAAUUCCUAUAA